ACAGUCAGCUCUGCUCCCUCAGUCUCUCUCCAAGUCCAGGCGGCGGUAUAUAAGCCCACUUUCUCUUCGCCUUGUCUCAUCAAUCCUACAGUUCUAGCAGACGCCAAGAGCAUCCAUUAAUUUCAGAAACGAGGUUUAACAUUAUCCUACACCGCUAAUAUUCCAUUCAGUCUCAAACUCAUAUAAAAUUAAGUCAGCGAAAGUUGGCAAAAAAAUAGCAAGGAUCACUUUGCCCCAGGAGAUUGAAUUGAUAAGGACUCCCCUUCUGCCCUUUUCGUAUAUAUAAACUGUGACCAAAGGAACUCCAGCUCUCCAGAAGUAAGUCGAGGCUAUCAGUAGAACGACGACUAGGCGAUGGCAGAACAAAAUAUGGCCACAAUGCAGAAGGGACAGUUGUGCUGGUGGGCGACUCUAGUGGUGACGAUGGCAGUUUUUGCCUUCAUCUCCUCCGCAAAUGCAGAUCUGGGAGGUCGUCACACGUGGGAGCGGCCUGGAUGUCAUCUUUUGGGACAUACGAGGAAAGUAACAAUCCCGGAAUGUGUGGAUUUUACAAUUACAACUAAUGCCUGUCGGGGUUACUGUGAAUCAUUCGCAGUCCCUUCAGCAUGGUAUCGCCUCCAAAACAACCCUUCCCAAUCAAUUACGUCGGUUGGACAAUGCUGUUCAAUCAUGGAAACCGAGGAUGUCACCGUGAACGUGAUUUGUGUUGACGGACCUCGAGAGCUGGUCUUUAAAUCAGCCAAAUCUUGCUCCUGUUAUCAUUGUAAAAAGGACUAGGUGCUGAUGGUGACACAAUGGACUAGGAAGGUUAUUAGCACGCUUAAUUGGAAAGUUAUUGGCACUCUAAAUUGGAAAUAUAUUGCACAUUACUGUUCUUGCGGUCGUUUAAUUAUUGCUGAUUCCUUCACCUUUCACAAUUAUCUACGCCAAAUUACAGAAAAAACUCAAUUUAAAAAAUCGUACAGAGUUUGACUCGGAACUAAAUUAUAAUCAAGUAGCAGUAUAUUCAAGGCAAAUUAUUUGAUGUUGAUAAAUUAUUCGAAAUAAGGACGCUUCAAUUGAAAUACUAGAUAUUUUGUGUCAUAUUCUUGCAUUGUCAUUUUCAGGUUUAAAUGUUGAUUUUGCUCUCCGAAAACGUUUGGAAAUAAGUAAACUUAUGUUUUGCGCUUUCACUUUCACUUUCAGCUUUACCAGGUUUAUCGUAAAGCCAUCCUAUUAUGUAUAUAGUUUACUAAAUAUGUAGUAUGUGUGUAUUUACUUCUCUUCCUCUGUCUGCCAAUCAAAGUUUUGGCUGUCUAAAUCCUGUUCUGAUAAACCCGCAGGUACAUAAUACAUAGGCAUGUCUUAUCACUUUCACUCCAGCACCGAAGUGGUGGCGAGUGAGUCUGCAGAGUGCUUAUUUAUAUACGCAUUUUCAUGUGAUUGUCUUGUUUCAGUAGAUGUAUUUAAAUGUCGUCAUUACAUUGUAUCUACCAGUUCUCUUAUCCAUGUACCUUGAACAUUAGUCAACACUUUGGUGUGUGUAUACGUGUAUGUAGUAGUGUCGUAGGUAAGACUCACAUAAUUAUUAUUGAUGAAUUCGUCACCCAAUCCGUGCGUUUAGCAGCAGGAGCAAGUACUAUUUCAAAUCAUUUGGCAUUACACCCACGCGCAUAUGUAAAUAUAUUGGUACUAAACCUGUCAUAAAUUAUUUACUCAAAUGCGUUAGUAUUCUCAACAACGAUAUUAAUGUAAAACGGCUAGUGUAAUGUAUGUAAAUAUAAAUCCAAAUUAAAAAUUUUAAUGUAUUUACUCUACAUGAAAAUGUACUCCCACAUAUUAAACAUGUAUAUGUAUAUGUCUAUAUGUAUUGCAGGUACUGUUUUAUUUAGUGAAAUAAAAUUUGUUUUUGACGGAAACUUUCAGCAUCCCAAA